AUGAUGCGACGAGGAUUUGUUUAUUCGAAACCAUCUGAUUUUCAACCUACUGUUCGUUUUCCGAGUUCGUCAGGAUAUAUGGGGGCUGUUCCACCACCACCUCAGCUCACAUCUACUGCUAUUCCUGUCUGUAGCGCUAUUUCAAACAAGUAUCUGGAACAAAUGAAAGAAAAACAGUACGAUGCUUUGAUGUCGAGUGGUGGGAAAUCCACAAUUGGCAAGCCUGAACAGCGUAAGAAGCAAAUCUACGAAGACGAGUAUUUAGAAAAAAGCUCGGAUGAUGAAUUAGAAUAUCAGUUAGCACAGGGAAGUCCAGGAGCAGACGAAGCAUGCACUGGUGAUGGUGCUGCUACUGCUGAUGAUGAUGAAGAAGAUCCUUUAGAUGCUUUCAUGGCUGGUGUCGAUAAACAAGCCAAACAAGAUCAAGCCGAAAGUGAGCGAAAAGAUAAAGAACGAUGCGCCAAAAUUGAUAAGGGCACUGAUUUAGAGGAUGCAAAAGAUAAAGGGCUUGGCAGGACAGAUAUUGAUGACGAGGAUAUGCAGGAAUCAUAUUUUAAAUUUAUGGAAGAUCAUCAAACAAAUGUUCAAGAAGAGGAAGUUUAUGAUUAUGACGAAGAUGGGAAUAUUAUUUGGACAUGGAAAAAAGUGAUUGAUCCACUGGAACCAAUUGAUCAUUCUGCAAUAAACUAUGCUUCAUUCAACAAAAACUUCUAUCAUGAGCAUGAACAAAUAAAGUCAAUGACAGCUCUAAAAGUUUUUGAGCUGAGAAACAAGUUUAACCUUAAAGUUGCUGGUUUAAAUCCGCCUAAACCAGUCACAACAUUUGCCCAUUUUGGAUUUGAUGAUACACUUAUGAAUGUAAUCCAGAAAUUAGAUUAUGAACAUCCUACUCCAAUACAAGCUCAAUCAGUACCAGCAGCAUUGAGUGGGCGAGAUGUUCUUGGUAUAGCAAAAACUGGUAGCGGAAAAACAAUGGCUUAUAUUUGGCCAGCCAUUAUUCAUAUAAUGGAUCAAGAAGAUAUUAAAGAAGGGGACGGACCAAUCGCGUUGGUAAUUGUGCCAACUAGAGAAUUAGCUUUGCAAGUGUAUCAUGAAGCUAAACGUUUCUGCAAAGUAUAUAACAUCAAUGUCGUUUGUGCAUAUGGUGGUGGAAGUAAAUGGGAGCAACAGAAUGCACUUGCCAUUGGUGCUGAAUUUGUCAUUGCCACUCCGGGACGUAUAAUCGACUUAGUAAAGUGCAGUGCAACAAAUUUUACCCGUGUAACAUUUUUGGUAUUCGAUGAGGCUGAUCGAAUGUUUGAUAUGGGUUUUGAAGCGCAGGUACAGUCUAUAUCAGAUCAUAUUCGUCCAGAUCGACAGUGCUUGAUGUUCAGUGCCACAUUUAAAACUAAAGUUGAAAAAUUGGCUCGAGAAGCUCUGACUGAUCCUAUUCGCAUUGUGCAAGGAGAAGUAGGGGAGGCCAAUGCUGAUAUUGUGCAAACAAUUGAAGUAUUAGCAAACACAGAAAUGAAAUGGAAAUGGUUGUUGAAUCGUCUUGUAGAAUUAUCUUCUAUUGGGAAAGUUCUAAUUUUUGUUACGAAGAAAAUUAACGCAGAGGAUGUUGCCAAUCGUUUGCGUGCAAAAGAUUUUCAACCAAUAUUGCUUCACGGCGAUAUGUUGCAAGCAGAGCGCAAUGAGAAAUUACAAGCUUUUCGUAAAGAUGCUAAUAUCAUGGUUGCUACGGAUGUUGCUGCACGUGGUCUUGACAUUCCAGAAAUCAGGACAGUAGUAAAUUUUGACCUAGCACGGGACAUUGACACUCAUGUGCAUCGAAUUGGUAGAACUGGACGCGCAGGUCAGAAAGGCUGGGCAUAUACAUUAGUACAAGAAAGUGAUAAGGAAAUGGCUGGACAUUUGGUUAGGAAUUUGGAAAGUGUUAAUCAGGCAGUUCCUGAGCCACUAUUACAACUUGCGAUGAAAUCUGCGUGGUUUCGCAGUUCUCGUGAAAAAGGAAAUUCUCGAACGCAAAAGAGACUAGGGUUGGGCUAUAAACCGAAAGUAAAAAGUUCGGAUUUUCAAACGAGCUUAAAUAAUACACACAGAGCUUUAAAUUUUGAAAGUCAGAAAAAAGGAUUAAGUUUGCUCGAUAUGUCUAAAGGAAUAGAUGGAUCUACUAACCGCUUACAAGCCAUGAAAGCUGCUUUCAAGUCAUCGUUCAGUUGUACAUUCCGACCGUCAUCUAGCGACGAAUGGGCGGCAAGCAGGGCUCCGGCUACUGAUCCAACCCCGGAAUGGAAACGAAAGCUUGAAGAGGCUGCUGAAGCUGUCAAUAGACAAGUUGCAGCUUCAGUUGGGAAUAGUUCCGGAGCCGACAUUCAAGGAAGUGGCAAGAAUUGUGAUGGUCCUACUUUCGGUAGUAAAAAAAGAUCGCGGUGGCAAUAA